AUGUCUUGGGAACUGUCGCGGCGUCGCCUCGCUCGGGUCAUUAACAGCAAAUACAUCUACGGGCGUCUGCCUUUGUUGCACGCCAUCAUAUUCUUCAUCGAAAUGGCCCUCCUCGCUAGGCUGACCGCACGGUUCAACGCCUACUAUGAAGAACGACCGCUCCUCACGAUGAUGGUCACCAACGCCAUCUUGGGUGGCAUCGCCGACACGACCGCCCAAACCAUCACAAUCCUCCGCCAGACAGCCCUCCGAAAACCCGGCGGCGUAGGCAAAGACGACGACAUCGCCAUCGAGAUCCACGAACUCGACCGGAAGAAUCCGAUGCUCGACCGCGACCUGAUCCCCGAGUCGAAGCUGCUGCCGCCGCCCUUCGACUUUGAGCGCCUCACCCGCUUCAUGGCCUACGGCUUCGGCAUGGCCCCCGUGCAGUUCAAGUGGUUCAAGUUCCUGUCGAAGGCGUUCCCCAUCACCAAGGAGGCGGCGUUCGGGCCGGCGAUGAAGCGGGUGGCGUUCGACCAGCUCGUGUUCGCGCCGCUCGGUAUCGCCUGCUUCUUUACCGUCAUGACCGUCGCCGAGGGGGGCGGCCGCAGGGCCGUCUGCAACAAGCUUCGCGACAUGUACGUCCCGACGCUCAAGGCCAACUUCCUGCUAUGGCCCGCCGUGCAGGUCAUCAACUUUCGCCUGAUGCCGGUGCAGUUCCAGCUGCCCUUCGUCUCUACUGUCGGUAUUGCUUGGACGGCAUACCUCUCUCUGACCAACUCGGCUGAAGAUGUCGACAUGCGAACAAGCCAAAACGGACCUUCCGACAUUCGUCUUUCUUAA